AUGGAGAAUUGCUCAACGGGAACUAUUCAACUGGUCGGAGACACUUUAGCGGCAAAACUGCGCUUUCACGAGACUGCUGUCCAUACACUGCAAACAGCCAGCAGCAGCAGCAACACGGGAGCAGCAGCAGCAGCAACACGGGAGCAGAAGCAGCAGCAGCACCACGGGAGCAGCAGCAGCAGCACCACGGGAGCAGCAGCAGCAGCACCACGGGAGCAGCAGGAACACCACGGGAGCAGCAGCAGCACCACGGGAGCAGCAGCAGCAGUUCGCGCCAGGAAACGCAAAGAAAAAGCCAAAAGGAAGCAAAAAGCUGCGCGCAUGCGCCGCUGCUGCAGCAGCAAAGCCAGCAGGCAGCAAGCGCCGCUGUCUCGCGCUCUGCUGCGCUCUCAGCCGAAUUUGGCGGUCAAAAAGUAA